AUGGAUUCGGCCACCAUCGCACCUAUCAGCAAGCAUCGCACGGAUAUCGACGGGGCCGGUCGGCCCGACGGCGUCCCGGUGGCCCUAACCGUGGCCACGACCGUCGCUAACCUGCUGCUAGCCAGCCCGAGCCCCGGCUACGCCGCCACCUCCACGGCCACCACCUCCUGGGCCAUCACGACUGAAACUGCCGCCCAGCCGUACCUUGUCUACGGCGCGAACCUGAGCUCUCUACCGUACCUGGAUGCGAAUAGCACCGCGUCGCUCUUCUCCCUGUCCCCGGUGGACGCGUCGCCGUCGACACCGGCCCCGACCGGAUCGCCGUACGUGACUGUGUCCACGAUCGUGAUCAGCAUCAUCCUGCUGGCCGUGAUCGUCGGUACCGUGAUCGGUAAUGUGCUGGUGUGCGUGGCCGUCUGUCUGGUGCGGAAACUACGCCGGCCCUGCAACUACCUGCUCGUGUCCCUCGCCAUAUCCGAUCUGUGCGUUGCCCUGCUCGUGAUGCCGAUGGCCCUACUGUACGAGGUGCUCGAGGAGUGGCGCUUCGGCGAGGUGUUCUGUGACAUUUGGGUAGCGUUCGAUGUGCUCUCCUGCACGGCCUCCAUCCUAAACCUGUGCGCCAUCUCGGUGGAUCGCUAUUGGGCCAUCACCAAACCGCUCGAGUACGGUGUCAAACGAACUCCGAGGCGGAUGAUCGCCUGCAUUGUGUUGGUGUGGCUAGCUGCCGCUUGCAUCUCCCUACCGCCGCUACUCAUCCUAGGUAACGAGCACGAAAUCAACGGCCAACCGGCGUGUUCGGUGUGUCAAAACUUUUUCUACCAAAUCUACGCGACGCUCGGCUCCUUCUACAUCCCGCUCGCCGUGAUGCUGUUCGUGUACUUUCAAAUCUUCCGCGCGGCACGGCGCAUCGUAAUGGAGGAAAAGCGUGCCCAGAAACGCCUCGAAAGUGCCAUCAACGGUGCGACCCAGGUCGUGCAGCAGCAGGAGAAGAAACCGCCGGGCAUGAAGGCGGGUGUUGGGGAGAAGGGCGUCGCCGUUAAGGUAACGACCAGCUCGCCCCAGAACAAGCGACUCCGGUUCCAGCUAGCCAAGGAGCGGAAAGCGUCGACCACGCUCGGUAUUAUCAUGUCGGCGUUCACGAUCUGCUGGCUGCCGUUCUUCAUACUGGCGCUCGUGCGCCCAUUCAUGAAGGACGACCAUCGGACGCUGUCCUCGUUCUUCCUGUGGCUCGGGUACGCCAACUCGCUGCUCAAUCCCAUCAUCUACGCCACGCUGAACCGCGACUUCCGGAAACCGUUCCAGGAGAUCCUGUACUUCCGCUGCUCGAGCCUCAACAACAUGAUGCGGGAGGACUUCUACCAUAGUCAGUACGGUGAUCCGGGCUCGCAGCGGCUGGUCAUAACGAACGACGGUGGGGCACGCGAGAGCUUUCUGUGAA